CCCGCCCUUUCCACGCCCCUCACCCCGAAAACGCCCCUUCCUUCUAAGGCCCGCCCUCUCAGCCCCAAACCUGGGUUCUAAGCCCUAGACCACUUUAGCCCCUUACCUGUAUCCUCAGAAGUGUCCCUAUCGAUCAAGAUCACUCCAUGGAUGAAGUGACAGCCGUGAAGAUUGAAAAAGGUGUUGGUGGCAAUAACGGGGGUAACGGUAAUGGUGGUGGUGCAUCUUUUUCUCAGACUCGGAGCAGCAGCACAGGCAGUAGCAGCAGCAGUGGUGUCGGAGGAGGGCAGGAAUCCCAGCCAUCUCCUUUGGCUCUGCUGGCAGCAACCUGCAGCAGAAUUGAGUCACCCAAUGAGAACAGCAACAACUCCCAGGGUCCGAGUCAGUCAGGGGGCACAGGUGAACUUGACCUCACAGCCACACAACUUUCACAGGGUGCCAAUGGCUGGCAGAUCAUCUCUUCCUCCUCUGGGGCUACCCCUACCUCAAAGGAACAGAGUGGCAACAGUACCAAUGGCAGCAAUGGCAGCGAGUCUUCCAAGAAUCGUACAGUCUCUGGUGGGCAGUAUGUUGUGGCUGCUACCCCCAACUUACAAAACCAGCAAGUUCUGACAGGUCUACCUGGAGUAAUGCCUAAUAUUCAGUAUCAAGUAAUCCCACAGUUCCAGACUGUUGAUGGGCAGCAGCUGCAGUUUGCUGCCACUGGGGCUCAAGUGCAGCAGGAUGGUUCUGGUCAAAUACAGAUCAUACCGGGUGCAAACCAACAGAUCAUCACAAAUAGAGGAAGUGGGGGCAACAUAAUUGCUGCUAUGCCAAAUCUACUCCAGCAGGCUGUCCCCCUCCAAGGCCUUGCAAAUAAUGUGCUCUCAGGACAGACUCAGUAUGUGACCAACGUUCCAGUGGCCCUGAAUGGGAACAUCACCUUGCUGCCUGUCAACAGUGUUUCUGCAGCUACCUUGACUCCCAGCUCUCAGGCAGUCACCAUCAGCAGUUCUGGAUCCCAGGAGAGCGGCUCACAGCCUGUUACCUCAGGGACUGCUAUCAGUUCUGCCAGCUUGGUGUCAUCACAAGCUAGCUCCAGCUCCUUUUUCACCAAUGCCAAUAGCUACUCUACAACUACUACCACCAGCAACAUGGGAAUCAUGAACUUUACCACCAGCGGAUCGUCAGGAACCAGUUCUCAAGGCCAGACACCCCAGAGGGUUGGUGGGCUACAAGGGUCCGAUUCUCUCAACAUCCAGCAGAACCAGACAUCAGGAGGCUCACUGCAAGGAAGUCAGCAAAAAGAAGGAGAGCAAAGUCAGACACAGCAACAACAAAUUCUUAUUCAGCCUCAGCUAGUUCAAGGGGGACAAGCUCUUCAGGCCCUCCAAGCAGCACCAUUAUCAGGGCAAACCUUCACAACUCAAGCUAUUUCCCAGGAAACCCUCCAGAACCUUCAGCUUCAGGCUGUUCAGAACUCUGGUCCCAUCAUCAUUCGGACACCAACAGUGGGGCCCAACGGACAGGUCAGUUGGCAGACUCUUCAGCUGCAGAACCUUCAAGUUCAGAACCCACAAGCCCAGACAAUCACCUUGGCCCCUAUGCAGGGCGUUUCCUUGGGGCAGACUAGCAGCAGCAAUACUACCCUUACACCCAUUGCCUCAGCUGCCUCCAUUCCUGCUGGCACAGUCACUGUGAAUGCUGCACAACUUUCCUCCAUGCCAGGCCUCCAGACCAUUAACCUCAGUGCAUUGGGCACUUCAGGGAUCCAGGUGCACCAGCUUCCAGGCCUGCCUUUGGCUAUAGCAAAUGCCCCAGGUGAUCAUGGAGCUCAACUUGGCCUCCAUGGAUCUGGUGGUGAUGGGAUGCAUGAUGAGACAGCAGGUGGAGAAGAAGGAGAGAACAGCCCUGAUCCCCAACCCCAAGCUGGUAGGAGGACUCGGCGGGAAGCAUGUACAUGCCCCUAUUGUAAAGACAGUGAAGGAAGAGGCUCUGGAGACCCUGGUAAAAAGAAACAGCACAUUUGUCACAUUCAAGGAUGUGGCAAAGUAUAUGGCAAGACCUCACAUCUCCGGGCACACUUGCGCUGGCAUACAGGGGAGAGGCCAUUCAUGUGUAACUGGUCAUACUGCGGGAAGCGCUUCACACGUUCAGAUGAGCUUCAGAGACAUAAACGCACACAUACAGGUGAGAAGAAAUUUGCGUGCCCUGAGUGCCCCAAGCGUUUCAUGAGGAGUGAUCACCUGUCAAAGCAUAUCAAGACCCAUCAGAACAAAAAGGGAGGCCCAGGUGUCGCCCUGAGUGUGGGCACUUUGCCCCUGGACAGUGGGGCAGGUUCAGAAGGCAGUGGCACUGCCACUCCUUCAGCCCUUAUUGCCACCAAUAUGGUAGCCAUGGAAGCCAUCUGUCCAGAGGGUAUUGCCCGUCUUGCCAACAGUGGCAUCAACGUCAUGCAGGUGACAGAGCUACAGUCCAUUAAUAUCAGUGGCAAUGGUUUCUGAGAUUAGAUACCUAGAGCCAGAGACAUAUGGGCCAAUACCCACCAAGCCUGGGAUGCAAGAUAGCAUGGGUCCAAGAGACAUGUGGAAGAGAGAGCCAUGAGGCAUUAAUGUGCUUGGUGGUGGGAAGAAUUGGGGGAGGGUACAAGAGAAGAGAUGGGAUUGUGGCACCAAUCUGUCACUGGUGACUUCUUGAAAAUGGAAAAUAUUAGUGAAAUUUCUGUUGGUGCCACCCUUUGAUAAGCAUUUAUUUCAUCCCAGGUUCUUCUUACACUUCUUACCCCAGCCUCCCCUUCCUGCGUUUCCCCUCUGAGCUCUCCCAUGAUGGAUCCCCACUCCCCACCCCCAAAGCCAUCAUGCCUUGAUAAAUAUAUAUGAUCAUUGAAAUACUUUUUAACAAAAACAGAUUCUAUAUUAUAUAUAUAUAUAUAAAAAAUAUAUAGAGAUGCUUUCACAGGGGUUGGCUGGGAGGAGGAAAAAAGACCAUUUUGUGACCAAAAAAUACCUUGGUCAUUUUUUUUUUUUUUUUAAUAUUGCCUUAUUUCUCAAUGGCUGAGCCUUAUCAUGACACAUCAAGCUUUUCUAUAAAUGUUGUCCUGGCAUCCCACCAGAGUAAGCAAAUGCUGUGCUUUUAGUUCAUAUAUACAUACAUAAUGUGUCUUCUUCCUUAAUUUUUGUCAUUUUAUUUGGGAUCAGCUCCUUGCGCUCCUUUCCUGACUCAGUCUUUUUUUUUUCUCCCCUUCUCUCACAUGAUCACUUCCUGUGUUGUUUUUGACAAUGAUCUCUGAAUUAGGCCCUUCACUCAUUAUUUUAAAGAGCUUAGUUCCAACUGCAGAAUGGACAGCCUUGAAGUGCAGCCUGAUGCUUGAAGUAGCUAUGGGGGAGUGUUAUUACUACUGACGCAGGCACCUUCUCAGUGCUGGAGAGUCAAAACCAUUUCCCUUUGUUAGCUGCUCUAAACAUCCGGAGUCAGAAGUCUCUAUGUGGAAUUGUUUAAAAGGCCCUUGGAGAGAGAUAAUCUGGGAUCAGUGUGUAUAAACUGUCAAAAAAUGGUCAAAUAGUAGGCAGCAGCUUUUAGUAGGAAAAAGAUGUUCUCAGAAAAGAAAAUAACUCAGUCUCAGUUAUUGGAAUUAUUUGGAUUUCAGUAUCAUUGUCUUCCAAAUAGCCCUAAGCCUUAAUGUAGGGGCUUCUGAGUUCACACACUGAAAGGAAGUACACUUCCUCUUUUGAACAUUUCUGUAGUUCUUGUUAAUGUUUGAAUGUUAAGGAACAUUAGCCAGCGAAUCUGUUCUGACUUUUCAUGCUGUAGAAUGCAAAACUUGUGCCAGUGACAAAAGAAUAGUUCUUUAAAAAUUUUCCCCCUUAACUCUUCCUUAUAUGUACGUGGGUGUUUGUAAGGGAAAGGGAAGCACACAAUCAUGGGAACGAUGGCCCAGAACAAAAAGAAAUCUUGUCUUACCACUGUGGAUUAUAGGAGAGAUCGGGAGAAAUUAUCCUGCUUUUUCCAUGGCCUGAUUCCAGAAGUGACUGAUCCAAAAAUUAUAUCGGCAGGGAAACUCAGUGCAUUUGACACCGAGACUUAAAUGCAACCAGAAUUGUCCUCAAGGCCCAGCCAUUAAAGCAUUGUCUCUCUUGACCUUCUGGUAUCUUGUCAGAGAGCCUUUCACUGUGAGGAAGUGUGGAAGUGGUUGUGUGUAUGUGUGUAAUCUAUUAGGUUGGGGAUAGGUUUUCUGUUAGCCAAUAUUUAAAGAGACCUGCAAUAAAAAAUUACCCUGAUCUGAUAGAGAAAGUAAAUUGUGUAUGACUGUGUGUAUGAAUGGGUGUUUGUGCCUGUAUAUAUCUACGUGCAGAUGAGAACUUAUAUUUGAAAUUGUUGGAAAGUAAAUUCAGAUUAAAAUGCCUUUCAGGCCUGUUACCUAGGAAUUGGUUAUAAAACUUGGGUAUGUUCUUGAGGUCAGUUCUCUGCUUAUGCUAAAUCAGUUACAAUUAUGAAUGGGGUGGGGGAUCUCCUAGUGCACUUUCUAAAGAAGAAACUAUUUUUGUGUUUGAAAAUGAAAUCAACAUCCAAAUCUAUAGCAGAGUCCUUGUUUUAAACUCUUCUUUAUCUUGGCUACAAAUAGAUUAUACUAUUAUUAUACAUUUUAUGUGAAUUCCAUCUAAACUAGAUUCUUGGUAAGUUUGUGGUGUUGUUAGUCUGAAAUACAAGAGCUGUUAAUCCUGUAA